GGUUCAUCUAUCGCCUCCGUCUUCCUCCCGGUCAUCCCUCCGCGAUUCACCCUUGCCUUCUUAAUGCAAUCUACCUUGGAGCCUGUUCAAUAAUUGGCGGCGCUUCUAUGAUUGCACAUGAGCAACUCUUCCUGAAUCGAACCCGCCAAUCGUGCGAACAAUCUCUCGCCUUCGCAGAUCGCCUUGUUCACUUUAUGUGGGCCAAUGUUAUUCUAGCACAAUAUUAUUUGCGUGCUGGUCGCGUCGUCGAAGCACAUAAUACCAUUGCCUCGACGGUGCGGUUUGCCGUGGGCGCAGGAUUGCAUACAGACGCUGAAAUGGAGGACACGGAAACAGGAGACAUGACUUCUCUAGCACUUCCCCCGGCGGAUCCGAUCGAUAUCGAAGAACGAGUGAACCUAUGGUUUUCCCUCACGAUGUGUGAAGCGGGAAUCUCGCUAGGAACCAGCCUGCCAUCUUCUGCGCCGCCUGUGUUUAUUUUUUAGAACCGCACCAUCUUACGAUACCCAUUAUUCUGCUAUAGAACUCAAAGCUCGAUCGGCAAUUCUGCUUCACGCUACAAGGA